CAAUUGAGCAGGGGCUAAGAAUCUGUUGGCCCCCCGGCCACUUCCCUCACAAGCUUGUUAUGUUAGACUACAUAAUUUGCUGAUAUCACUCUAUGUGCCAGGGUCAGCAUUGCCGUCACAGAUCCGGUCUUGAACAUUACGACGAGAAUAGGUGCCAAUCGGGGAUCGAUUCCGUCUACUGCCGUUUGAGAAUUCCCAAGUUGCCCGACUUAGCAAUCCCUUAUAAGCUAUUACAUGUUGGGCGGCUCCAGUUUCAUCCAUUUGUGGUCUUUGUGCUAGCCAUUCAAGGGAUAAGGUGUGCCGUCGCAAAACAAAAGAGAGGCCUGGAAAUCACGAAGCAGAUCUCAAGGAUCAACCAUUAUUUUCUGCUUGGAUCGUGUACUGGAAAUAACAUCCAGCGGUUUGAUCUACAGGCUGUAGAUGGUUCUACACGAAGCGCAAUCUCAGCGAUAGUCGGAUCAGCCAUGGCGCUGGAAAGUCAGCCAUCGAUAAGAGCUCCGUGGAGCUGCUUAGACAAGCGCAAGGAGUUACCUUUUAGGAAAACACAAAUAUGCUGCACAUGGACGUGCUGACCUGAAAAGGAGAUUGAUAGUCUUUCCGAAGUGGGUUUCAGCGUAACGUGGACAGGAUCGAUCCCUAUAGCAAGACCUAGAGCCUUCCAAAAACGAUCUAGGAUAAUAUUAUGUUUGUGUCUUGUUAUGUGCAGAAAAGAAGUGCUUGGAUCCCCUCCGAAGUACGUGGCUCGAUGGCCUACAUCGACUCAAUAUUGAAGGAGUCCCGCGUAUGGUUACAAGGCAUCAUCGUGUGUAU